AUGGAGUCAAGGCGAAAUCGAAUCACCUCCUUAACUUCCAUUUCAAACGAACCUCUUCAUCUGACCCGAAUUGUCCCAACUCCAUCUCCUACGGAGCACUCUUCAUUAGGGAAUAUACCCAUGAUUGAUACAACGAAGUUGACGGCGAACGGCACCGCAGGUUCCCACAUGUUUCCUUCCUUCACCUCCUCAAUACCUACCUUAUCAACGAACGUUCCUGAUACUCGAGAUUUGAAGGACAUAAUUUAUCCUCAUGUUGAAUUGUUGACAAUUGCUUUGGAAAAAUUUAAAAAGAUGCCCUCUGCGUCUACAGCCUUUGUUAAUCCUUUCCCGACAUCAAAUGCACAAAGUGGAAGCGAAGCGGAUGUUUCCGCCUCUUUUCUUCACGGAUUCCUCAGUGCAGCGACUGAGAGAUUUAGAUCAAACCAGAAAAGCGUCGAGAGUACUCCAUCACAUUUGGGGAGAUCUCAUAGAACUAGACGAAUGAGACUGACUGAGUAUUCAUGCAAUUGGUGUCGUAUGACAUUUCCAAAGAUGAAAUAUUUGGACAAGCACACGAAAGAGAUACAUGGAAAGUACGUAUGCCAGAAAUGCAAAUCUGAAUUUACAGAAUUCACUAAUUUAGCACGCCAUGGAGCCUUGCACACUGAAGUACCGCCUUUCGAAUGUCUCCUUUGCCGCAGAAAAUUUAAUCGACAAGACCAUUUGAAACGGCAUAUGGACUCUCGUCACCCAGGUUACAAUCCUGCUAGAGAUACGAGGGUUUGUGGUGAUAAUGCAAAGUUUCUCAAAUAUACACAAAUCGCUGUAAAUAAUGAGCAUGAGGGAGUUGAAACACCUGAAGUUAGGAAUCCACCGGUUGAUCUGACUUCUUCAGCGACACAAGUUGGGGAUGAGCAAAUGGACACUUCAAGUGGGGUGACCGCUGCAGUAAAAACAGAGGAGAAACCCGAGGACACAUUUGCCUGA